UUUUGACCCGAUUGCCGAUUUGUGAUAAAAUAAAUAAGAUAUAUUUGCAUUUUACAGCAAAUACGCCACAAACAUUCUUUGAUUGAUUAUGUGGAACAGAAUCUUUUCAUAAUGGCGUCAAACUCCAAAGAUUCGUGGGGUGACUGGGGUGGUGGCCCCUCAGAGUCUGAAGAACAAAAACAAUCCCCUGCAACUCCGCCCAGAAAUGUCGGGGAGAGUUCAGCCCCAGCAACCCCUGGUGACAGCAAGGCAACGCCGUCAGGGAAGGGAGGUAAACUUGACAAUCUUCCAAGAGAGAACCUCAUCCAGCUGCUAAAGAAACAGAUGUUGUUGGUGCAGAAGACGAAGGCUAACUGUGAAGAACUUGCAAAGAAAAAUGAAGAACUAGAGAAAAAGCCAAGAACCUCCCGAGCCGGAGACGACGAACUGACAAAGUUGGAGGAAAAAUGCCAAACAUUGGAGUGCGAGCUCGCUGAUCUUCGGGAACAAAACGAGGAGAUGUUAGCUGUCUACAAACAGAACCAAGAUGCUCAGGAGAAAAGCUUGACGCAGUAUGAGAGUCUGGUGACCGAGAUGAAUCAGCUGAGGGAUGAGAAGGAUGUGAUUAGUGGUCAGCUUGCUGAGGUGAACAAGAGAAAUAAGGAGUUGACGGAACAGGCCGAGUGUAUGAAGAUGAAAGACAACACACUGACGUCGAGUUUCCACUUCAUGCAGGCGGAACAGAAUAAGGUCCUGGAGGAAAAUAAGGAACUGAAGAAAGAACUGAAUGUCCUUACCCAGGCGAGGGAUGAUUUGAUGUCAUCAAUGAAGUUGUUGAAGGAGCAGCUAGGUGGCAGCACUGGUGAAACGAAGGCCCAGCUUGAACAGCUUGCUAAUGAGAAGGAGGGAUAUCGGGAAGAAAAUCACAGAAUGCUGGCGAAAAUAAAAGACCUUGAAGAAAUUGUUGAGAAUCUUCUGGAAGAGAAAGACAAAGCUGUCAAGAUGGAGGCAGAGAGAUCAUCGGAGCUGCUGGUAAAGCUUGAAUCCUUACAAGUUGAAGCUGAUGUCAGCAAGUCACAGUGUAGCGACCUUAACAAGAAAUACACAGACGCAAACUCUAAGGUUGAAAAGUUGCAAAAAGAGAAGGAUAGUUUAGGUAAAGAUUUUGCGAUGUUCAGAAAAUCAAGCGCAAGUUUCAAAGAAAAGUUGCAGGAUGUGAACAAGAUGUUGAAUGAUAUGCAACAGGAGCGUGAUCGUCUUCAGUCAGAACGUGACGAUGUGAUCACAGAGAACGGAAACCUGAAGGAGCGCUUGAGGAAGAAGUUGGAUGAAGGGGGGAAUUUGUUGGAAGAUUUAGGUGUCAUGAAGGAGAAGUUUCAUUCCUUGUCCGAUGAGAAUGUAAAGCUGAAAUCCCAGUUGAAUGAGACAUUGACUGAAAGUGAUACAAUGCAGAAUAUGUUGGCCAGAAAUGAACAAAAACUUGCAGACUUGAUCACAGAGAAUUCAGAAUUGAGGCUGAAAGUCCAAGGUGUUGAUCAAGAAAAUGAAAAACUGAGCAGUGAAUUGGAACUGAUCCGUUGCAAACUUGAUGGGACUGAUGAUGACUUUCAUUCGCAAAUCAGGACAAUUCAGAGCCAGAAAGAGGUUUUGGGGAAUGAAAUUCAUGCUUUGAAGGUGCAGUUGGGAGAAAUCGAUGUGAUGAAAUCUGAGAAGAAAAUUCUGGAAGAUGAAAUUGAGCAUUUGAAAGUGAAGUUGUCUGACCUUGAGAAUAGCAGCUCUUCAGGUGCGGAGGCAGUGGAAACUGAAAGAAAACAACUUCAGGUCGAAGCAGACGCUCUGAAGUCACAUAUUUCCAAUCUUGAUGUGACAUGUUCGAAAGUCGAUGAGCUGGAGAGUGACAGAGUUGAACUUUUGAAAGAUAUUGAUAGCUUUAAAUCUCAGAUUUCUGAGCUUGAAGCUGCUGUUGCCAGGGCUACUGAUUUAGAAACUCAGUGUGAUAGGUUGGCGCAAGAGGUGGAUGCUGCUAAGACAAAGAUCUCAGAACUUGAAAACACCAGUGGAAACUUGCAAGGUUUGGAAACAGAGCACGAGUCCCUACAACAGGAAAUUGCUGGUGCCAAGUCAUUGAUAUCUGAAUUAGAAGGUGCCCAAGAUGUUCUGAAAAUGAGGAUCUCUGAACUUGAAAGUGUUAAUGAAAAUUUACAAGGUCUGGCGCAAGAGCGUGAUGAAUUACUUAAUAACAUUGCUGCAGCUGAAUCACGGGUAUCAGACUUGGAAAAUACGAAUGAGAGUGUGUCGGAGUGGAAGAGAGAUCAGGAAAGACUGUUGAAAGAAUUGGAGGAUCUGCAACUCGAACGAGAUGCAUUACGAGUAGAAAUCACUGAUGCAAAACGUAAGAUUGCUGAGCUUGAUCAUGCCAAUGAGCAUGUGUCGGAGCUGAAAAUCGUCCAUGAAAACCUUCAAAAGGAAAUUGCGGAAAGCAAGAACGCGCAGGCACAACUUGAUGAUAUGAAAGUGAGGCUGGAAGGUGUGCAGGCUGAGAAUGAGGAGUUGAAGGCUAGCAUCGUCUCGAGCAAGCAUUCCAGCAUUUUUAAAGGACGACCAGAAGUUGCAAAUGCGAGAUCUGAUAUAGCUGAAAUUAAUUUCUGUGAUGAUUUAGAUCAUGUCACAUCCGCUAUCCCGCGGUGUGUGGACGCAUCUGGGUCAGAUUAUCGCGUUCAGCUUGAAAGUCUUCAGAAAGAGAGAGAUUCACUAAGAGAUGAACUCCAGAACAUGCAAACAGUAGCUGUGGAGAGAAUGGAGCACGACAUCGUCGUCAAACGCCCAAUGCGAUUUGUAAGCAUCAAUGAAAAGAUGACAGACGUUUUUAUAAAAGAAUUGGAGAAUGAGCUUUCACUGGAACAUGUGGUGGUCGACACUUCUAGUGAUAGGGAUGGGGAGAGAACCAGUGGGGUACCCGUAGUGAGCCUCAUCUCCGAGUUAGUUAGAAACCAAACCAUAGAUGGCCCCUGCCAACAGUGUGGUACCCUUUACACUGAGUUACAUGAGAAAAUUUAUCAGUUGCAGGUCGAACUUGAAGAAAUGCAUGCCAGAGAUAUGAGGUCGUCUAGUCCAGUUUUGGGGACUGAGAGGGUCGAAAAUGAUAUUGUUCUGCAUGCUAUAAAGGUUGACUUUGGAGUUGAAGCAGUCAGUAAAGUUACCAACGACUUUGGAAUCAUGGCAACUGGAAGUGAAUCUGAGCCGGUUGGGAGUUUGGAAACCGCUGAAAUCCUUCCUGAAACUCUUGUAGCAACAUCUCAAUGUGUUGAAAUGUCGGUGUCUGAUCUGUCUGGGAUAUCUGAAAAAGACAUGUCCAUGGUUGUGGCCAAGCUGCGCAUGACUGUGGAGAUAUUGGAGGAGAAACAAGAGGAGUUGUCACGCCGUCUUGAGGCAAGCGAUAGAGAGAAGCAGUGCCUUCAGAGGCAAUUGAAGGAGAAUGUGCAGAAGUUGAGCGACUGGGAAAACAUCAUGAUAGCUCAGAAAGACGACCACGGAAACUUCUUGGCAGAGUUGGUGAAAUCAGAAGAGAGGGAGCGACGUCUUGGAAAGGAGAUUGAGGAUAUAACUCGCUCACUUCAUGACGCACUCCAGGAGCGAGAUCGCUUGAGGGACGAUCUCUGCAAGAUGUUGGACAAGGAUGGGAAUCUGUUGGACGAGAUAAAUGGUUUGAAGAAACAACUGGAUGAGAUUGGGGCAGAGAAACUGCGCAUUGAAGGUGAACUUCAUGAUGUGAGGGAAAAUGAGACCAAGAUCUACAAAUUGCAGUAUGAACUUCAGCAGACGACACAAAUGAAGGAAAAGUUGGAAGAAAUACAUAAGGGAAGUCAAGGUGAAUCAGCAGAAUGGAUGGAAAGGGAAGCCAUCUUGUUACAGCAGACGUCGCUAUACAGAUCUGAAAUCGAGGCGCUGAAGUUGGGGGGAGACAAUCUGAGGAAGAAGUUUGAGGAUGCUGAGAAUGAGAAGGUGACAGGGAAGACUGAUGAAGUCCAGGUUUUGUUGCAGAAGAUUGAGUCUUUGAAUGCUGAAUGCAGCGAGUUGAGGUGCCAGGUUCACGAGAGUGUCCACUUGGAAGAAAUGGAAAAACAACUCGCAGGUGAAAGGGAAAGUUUCUCCAAGGGUUUAGAAGCCUUGAAGAAAGACCUGGUUGAUUUGGGACAGGAGAAAGAUCAGUUCUUGGCAGAAAUGGAAGCGUUGAAACAUAAUUUACAAGAAGUGGAAACUGAAAGAGAUGGGUAUAAGUCAGGAGUUGAAAGCUUGAAACUGGCUUUGGAAGACAUGCUUGGGGAGAAGAAAAAACAAGAUGAUGAAAUGGAAAGGAAAUUGGAUGAAAUGGAGCAAUUGAAAUUGGAGGUUGAUGAGUUGAGUGCAGAGAUGAAGGAGCUGCAGGUGGAGUUACAUGAUAGGAACAGACAGAUCAGUGACCUCCAGGAUGACCUUGAGCAGAAGGUCACUGAGAGUAGGUCAGAGGUGAGUGAGUUAAAGGCUGAGAUGGAUGAGAUGAGGCUGGAGAUACACCAGAGGAAUGAGAAGCUGUGCGCUGUCAAGAAUGACAAUGAGCAUUUGCAGCAGUGUCUGGCGGAGAAAGAUGGGGAAGUUGUAGAACUUGUGUCUGAAUUGAAAGAUCUUCAAGGGGAAUUGCACCACAGGAAUGAAGAAUUGGUGGAUAGAAAAUCUGAGGUAGAUAAUCUGUUGGAGCAGUUAGAGAGUCGGCAUGAGGAGGUUCAGAGUCUACAGCACAGGAUUCAAGAAUUAGAACAUGCCUACGUUCACCAGAAGCGGGGGUUGGAAUUGGUGCGGGCAAAUGCUGACAGAGUAGAGGCAGAGGGAGCAGGGAAUUUGGAUGAGUUAGGAAAGUCGAAAGAUAUUGAGAUUCAUGACUUGCAGCAGAGGUUGGUGAUGGUUGAAGCUGAAAGGGAUGGGUUGAGGCACGAGAAAAUGGUGGUCGAGUCUGAAUUGGGUGGGCUGAGGGAUAGUUUUGGGGAUGUUGAAAAUGAGAGGGAUGGUCUGAAAGUGGAUUUAGUUGAGUUGAAGAGUGAGUUAGUUGGUGUCGGCAGUCAGUACCAUGUUGCUCAAGAUGAAUUGAAGAGGCUCUCAGACCUUGAGGAACAGUUGAAGAUCAUGGAGACUGAGAGAGAUGGAUUGAAGCAGACGUUGGGUUCGGCGUCUGCUGAGGGAAUUGGGCUGAAAUACAAGCUGGAAGUGAGGGAGAAGUCUUUUGAGGAGUUGAAGAAGAAGGCUUUGAAGAUGCAGCAGAUGUUGAAGGAAAUGAAAGAGAAAGAGGCAGAAUGGAAGCAGACGGACAUAGAAUGUAAACAAAGGGAAGCGGAGUUGAGAGAGAAAGAGGUAGAGUUGCAGCAAAUGGAGACAAAAUGGAAGCAGGCAGAUGCGGAGUUGAAAGAGAGAGAUGCAGUGUGGAAGCAGAGAGAGAUUGGUGUGGUUCAGGAGCUGGAGGAGCUGAGAGGAGGAGCGGAGGAGAAGAUUGAGUUGUCAGGGCAGUUGGAGAGACUGAGAAAUGAGAAUGCAAAUCUGUUGGAAAGGCUCCGCGACAUGUCUAUCGAAAGAGAAGGAUUGCGACAGUCUGCUGAUUCUACUGAUGGUAUGAAUUUGGAGCUAAAAGAACGGGUCACAACCUUUGAGGAAGAGAUUGCAAAGUUGCGAGAGAAGGUUCUACUGUUGAAUAAUGAAAAAGAAGCAUUGGAGCGAUCCAAGAUGGCUGACGGGGAGUUGCAGACAAUGCUUGUUGUGUUGGAGCGAGAUAAGCAGGAUUUGGAGACGCAGAGGAAUGGUUUGAAAGAUCAGCUUGAACAGGGAUUGGAAAAGAUAUCGUGUCUGGACACUGAACUUGGGGAUUUGAAUGAUGAAGUCUCAAAACUUAGAAUGGUGAAUCAGGGGGCAGAAGAAGUGCGUCAGGCCUUACAGACAUCUUUAGUUGACAAACAAUCCCACUUUGAUGAAAUGGCCGCCAAGCUCUCAGACGAGAAGCAGCACCUCUUGGAACAACUCGAUGACCUCCGCAUUGACCUCGAGGCCAGAAAGUCCCAAGAAGCAGACACCCUCAGAAAGUUUGAGGAAAGCUCGGAAUUACAAGUAUCUCUCCAAGAACAUAUCGAUGCAAGUUCCCAGUCCAUAGCAUCCCUACAAGAAGAGGUCGCCCAGGGUUCCAAUUUAGCAGCAUCUUUACAAAAACAGCUCGACGAGAGGAAUCAAUCUGUGGCUUCCCUCGAAGAACGGCUCGACCAAAGCUCUGAACUUGUGGCUUCCCUCCAAACACAACUCAAUGAGAGCACCCAGUCACAAGUGUUCCUCAAGGAUGAGCUUGCUGAGAAUGCUAAGACCGUAGCAUCUCUUCAAGACCACAUCGAUCAACUGACCAAGGAACACAAGCUGAAGGAUGAAAACAUGAAGAAACUCAGGACGCUUGCCAUCAAGUCGAAGAAAGAUGUGGCAGAUUUGAAAAAUAAAUUGGAAGAACGAAUCACUGAAAUGGAAAGUGUGCGGUCGGAGCUUGAAAGUUUUAGGUCACAAAAUGCCUCCCUGAAAGAAAGGUUAGAGAGUAUCGUGAGUGAGAAGCAGGAGUCGGGAUCUGAGCUGGAUCUGAUGAGGGUAGCGCUGGAGAAACAGUUAGAUAUUUGUCAGAGACUUCAAUCAGAGCACACUGACCUCCAAGAACGUUAUGAAGCAGAGCGUGAGAAGUCUGUCCACCUGUCUCAAGAAAAUGAUGCGGCCUUCCAAGAGUUAAGCGUGGUGAAGUCUCAAGUGGCUGAUCUCCAGGGGGAGAAGGAUAGUAUAGAGGGGACAUUGGCAGCUGUGAGGGAAGACUUGAAGAGUGUGGAGCUGGAGAAAGAGUCACAGAGGAUACAGAAGGAGCAGUUAGAAAAGGAUAAGCAACAGCUGAACAGCAAGAUACAAGAGCUAGAGGAAACAAGUGAGAAGGAUGCAGAGCUGUACAGGGAGGAGACCAAGAAAAAACAGACCAAACUAGACAAAGCCACAUUGGAACUCCAAGCAGCCAGGAAGGAAGCCAAACAGAGCAGUAUGAUGGACUUGGAAAUGGCUGAUUACGAACGCACGAUCCAGAAUCUGAAUGAUCAGAUCGCUGCAAAGGAUAAGAAGAUCGGAGACCUUGAGAAGGACAUCUCACGGUUAGAGGAGAAGAGCAAGUCGCUCCAGACACAACUGGAGAGCACAGAGACGCAGCGGAGUCAGGCAGAGGAACGCGGCAAUAAGUUAAAGCAACUUUUGGUCAAGACGAAGAAGGAUUUAGCCGAGGCUAAGAAGCAGGAGACACAGCAACUCAAGUCAGACUCCAAACUCCGCGGUCAGCUAGAGGGGGCUUUACAACAAGGAGAGGACUACAAACUCCAACUGGCCGAGCUCACGUCUGAGAAUCAACGUCUGCAAGGUCAAAUACGUCAGUUCAAGGACACCAACCAACGUAGCGUCAGGACGUUGGAAGUGAAACAGCAGACUUUAGCAGAUGAUUUGGAGAUUGCCAGAAGUGAAUUAGCGGCAUUACAGGCUGAGUAUGAUGGCUAUAAGAUACGUGUCCACCACGUUCUUAAACAACAGAAGAGUAAGACAGGGACAGAGUCUCUGAGUGCCGAGAGUGAUAAGCAUGAGCGGGUGUUCCUGGAGAAGGUCAAUGACCAGCUCAAGGUCAAGUUACAGGAGACAAGUGACCAGCUUGCAGCAUCUCUCGGUGAAAACGAACUCCUACAAGAGGAGCAUGAUCGUCUCUCACAGCGCCACAACAGACUACUUUCUGACCUCCAAGAGAAGGAGAACAACUGGCGGGAAAAGGUUGACAUUUUGACGGCAAAGAAUUCUGCGUGCUCGACGGAACAUGCUGAAACAAUCCGGCAGUUGACUCAACAGAAUGAGUCACUGAGUUUAACAUUUAAGGAACAGAUUGCCACUACUCAAGAGGAGCACCGACGCAUCACAGAAAACCUUCAGAGACAGAUUGACAAGGCUGAUGAUGAUGUGUUCCGCCUCCAGCGUGAUCUCCAGCAUCAGCUACGCAGGUCAGAGCGAGAUGUAGGCACGUCCUCUCCACAAGAGUUUGUGCGUGCAGACUCUCGUCAUCUGGAGGAGAGACAACAGGGAGAGGGAAUGGAGCAAGUAGAGCCAGAAUCAGCCAUCCAAGUUCAUCCGAGUCCAUCGAGUACACCGCUCAUGCCUUUAGAACAGCUGCUCACGUCACCGCCGGAGGACCUCAUGAGUGUGAAGAGUUAUGAGUCAGUCGAUGACGAGAUGUUGAAAACUAAACUGAGUGCGUCCGAGAAAAAGGUGGACCAUUUAGCGCAGUUGUUGAAUGAGAGCGAAGCAACUGUGAUGCGGCUGACAGAGCAAGCGAAACUCCUCAAAGACGAGAUUCGUCGCAUUGAGCGGAAUCGGGAGAGAGAGACGUCCGUGUCAAACAUGGAAUAUCUCAAGAACAUUGUGCUCAAAUUCAUCAGCCUGAAGGGAGGAGCCGAGAGGCAGCAACUCGUUCCUGUCCUCACGACAAUGCUACGCCUGAGUCCGGAUGAAAAGACGGCCAUAUUAGCUGCAGCAGGUGGAGACGAGGCUUCACCACAACCAACAGAAUCUGCUGGGUGGGGAUCGUAUUUGCAUCGGUGGUCAGGGCUAACGUAACCGUGGUGAGAGGCAAGGAUCUACCUGCUGGAGACUAAUGAUGCUACGAUGAGGACUCUUUAUUUAUUUCUGCUCUAUUCUGGAUGAGACAAGCUUUUAUGGAUCUCGAACACUGCGACAAGUGUUCAAGACUGUGCUACAUUAUUCCUGACACAAACAUAUACCUAUCUGUCCAGAAGCUUAUGCACUAGUCAAUAUGCAUGUACUAUAGGCAACAUGUCAAGUUUUGUGGUCAAAGGUCUGCAACUGCAUAUAAAAUAUGGCACUAAUGUUUUGUGUUGGGCAAGGAAAAAGGUGCCAUUUUAAAAACAAUUACAUGUAAUAAUCAUGCUUUAGGAGAGUCAGCAGUUUUAUUUUAUCUUGGGAGAUAGGGACAUCCUGGUUUUAGUGAUGGGAAUCGGGCGGGACAAGGUGAUUUCAAAUUGUCGUCCUAUGACAUACUGGCUGUAUGGCUUGUUAUGGGUUCUGGUGUUAGACACCUCAGCUUUCAAAUCAGAAAUACAUAAUGAUCACAAAUUAUGCGAACUCUGACUCCCUGUAGAUGACUUGGGAGGUCCGAUAUUGAUUUAUUGAUAAUGUGUUCUAUUUGAGGCAAUGAAUCUAUCUUGAUGAUGUGAUAAUGUGAGUUGAUUGGGUCAUGAUGUGAGGUCUAGAGGGCAGCACUGUUCUUACAGAAAUGUUCCGAUGCUGCCAGAAGUCAUUUGGAUUAUUGUGUCAGUAGACAAUGAGAGUACAUGCUGGUCUUCUGUUGUAUAAACAUAUCAUGGUCAGACAAUAAACUAUGCUGAUAUUCUCA